AUGCAGGCGGCGUUCCGCGCCGAGUUUAAACCCUCGGAGGAGGCGCUGCCGGCGUCUCCGGGCGGCGGUGAGGUAGGGGCGCGGGCGCGGGGGGCGCGGGGGCCCCCGGGGAGACGGCGCCCCUCGGGGAGCCGCGCGCCCCGAGCCGGGCCGGGCCGGGCCGGGGACCAUCGGCUCGGUGGCCGCUCCCGGCUUUCCGUUAUGCCCGCUGCGACCCCCCGACGGCUCGCCGCGAGGAAGGCCGAGGAGGCGAGGAUGGAAGUUGCCGAGAAGGAAGUUCGAGUAACAGUGGACUUGUUCCCCUCUGCAGACUUUUGUCUUUUGGCCGAUGAAAAGUUUGACUUCGAUCUCUCAUUAUCUUCUUCCAGCGCAAAUGAAGACGAUGAAGUGUUUUUCGGACCUGUUGGGCACAAGGAAAGAUGCAUCGCUGCCAGCAUAGAAUUCAGCGAGCAGCCCGCUCUGCCAGCAGCCGCCCGCCCCUGUGCCUGGAGCCCCCUCACCGGGGAGAAGUUUGUGGAGGUGUACAAAGAAGCGCACUUACUAGCACUCCAGAUAGAAAGCCGCACCCGGAGAGAGGCGGCCCAGCCCACCCGGCCCGAAGCCCCUGGGGGCCAGGACACGGAAAGAUUCAUCCAAGAAUCAGAGUUAAAAAUAAACCUCUUCGAUAGAGUGCAGGAAGUGGAGAAGAGCCCCAAGUCACUUAAAAGAGAAACAUACUUCCUGUUGGAGAGCCCCUCAAGAGCCCAGCCCUGCUCCGGGGAGCCCCUGCUCCCCGCUUGUUCCCCGGCCCUGCCCGCUGCCCCGACGCUAGGACCACCACACCCGUCUCGGCCUUUGACGGGAGGCCCAAGCACUGUCCGCCCUCCGAAUCACGCUGUGCCUCCGAAAAUGACCAGGUUGCAGCCGCCCCGAGCUUUGUCUGGGAGAGGCAAACACCCUCAGCUGGCCGUGGAGAAGCCCAAGAAAGAGACAGCAGCUAGUCCUUCCAAGGUGAGACCCGGAGACAGAGCUCCCACCGCCCCCGAUGCCGCCGUCCCGCCAGCCGGCGGGAGCCAACCGGGCCCAGGCAAGCGGUCGCUCCCUGUCCCCAACAAGCUGGGGCUGAAGAGAAGCCUGUUAAAACCGCCUGGCUGCGCGGGCAGUCUCGCGAGGAAACCCCCUUCCUCGGGGUCUGUUUUAGGCCUCACGUCCAACGUUAGCGUGUCCCCAGCAGCGGGCAGAGCGACGUCAGGUGAGCGGACGGGCCUCCCCUCUGGUGGCUCCCGGCCUCGGUCGCGCACCGGCAGGCUGAGCAAAGCCAGCCUCACCAUGCUGCGCCCGCCUCUGCCGACGGCCCCCGCAGGGCCACCGUGCGGUCCAGCCCGGAACGCCGGCGUGGCCCAGGGGUCCGCAGAGCAGCCCGAGGCGCCCACCGCCUCUCCUCUCACCCCGUCCCCGGGGCUGGAGGCCGGAGGCCCGAGGCCGGAUCCCGACUCCGCUCCCUCAACCUCUCAGCGGAACGGAACUGGAGGCCUACGCAGGCCGGACUCCUGUCUAAAUGCCGAGACAAAGGCGGAGCCUACCCCUCCACGUUCAUUCCAAGUUCCCAAGUGCUCUCUUGGUGAAUCCCCAAAAGGCGUGACACCGAAAUCCUCCCGGGCACAGCGGCUGCAGUCGUGGGCAGCGGCCGGCAGGGCCAUUAUUCACAGCACGCCUGUGAGACGCUCGCUGGGGCCGGCACCACAGGGUCUGCUGGGCACGAGGACCCCCCUAAGCACGCAGAGAGGGUCAGCCCUGCCCACACCUGCUGGCCGGCGUCUCUCCGGCCUCCCACCGAUGACCCCUCAGCCCAUGCCCACGGCGCUGGCCUCCCCGCUGUGCAGGCCUGCUCGGCGAUUGUCCUCCGAGCCCCGGAAGAGGUCUGUGAUGAGAGCUGCGCUGGCACAGGAGGUUGACCCAAAGGCCAGCUGUGGGCAGGGGGGCCUGGGCCCGUCCCCUCCGUCCUCCGUACCUCAGGCUCUCCGUUUUUCUCCUGAGAAAAGUGACUUUUCUCCAGAAAGCCUCACCGAAGGCGGGGCUCGGGAUGAAGCAAAACCUGGCGAAGGCUCACACUCCGGAGAGGCUGUCCUCACCGACCUGGGGCUGGACCAGCUCAGCACCGCUCCUGAGGAGGGCAGACCCCCAGCCGCCCUCCCUCUCGUCGACCUGGGGCUGGGUCAGCUCAGCACCGCUCCUGAGGAGGGCAGACCCCCAGCCGCCCUCAUCGACCUGGGGCUGGACCAGCUCAGCAUUGCUGAGGAAGGCAGACCCCCAGCUGCCCUCCCUCUCCUUGACCUGGGGCUGGGUCAGCUCAGCACCGCUCCUGUGGAAGGCAGACCCCCAGCCGCCCUCAUCGACCUGGGGCUGGACCAGCUCAGCAUUGCUGAGGAGGGCAGACCCCCAGCUGUCCUCCCUCUCGUCGACCUGGGGCUGGGUCAGCUCAGCACCGCUCCUGAGGAAGGCAGACCCCCAGCCGCCCUCCCUCUCCUUGACCUGGGGCUGGACCAGCUCAGCGCCGCUCCUGAGGAGGGCAGACCCCCAGCCGCCCUCCCUCUCCUUGACCUGGGGCUGGACCAGCUCAGCGCCGCUCCUGAGGAGGGCAGACCCCCAGCCGCCCUCCCUCUCGUCGACCUGGGGCUGGACCAGCUCAGCACCGCUCCUGAGGAGGGCAGACCCCCAGCCGCCCUCAUCGACCUGGGGCUGGACCAGCUCAGCAUUGCGGAGGAGGGCAGACCCCCAGCCGCCCUCCCUCUCAUAGACCUCUGCAGCACACCUGAGAUGGGCCUGGGGCUGGGGCUGCCCAGCAGGCCCCUAGUGGACCUCAUGAUGAACAGCCCAGAUAUGGGCAGAAGUGGUCCAGUGAAGCCCCCGCGAGCCGAGCAGCAACAGCUGAUUGACCUGGGCUCCCCGCUGAUCGUGCUGAGCCCCAUGGCUGACAAGGAAAACAUGGAUUCUCCGCUUCUCAAGUUCUGAGUAGAAAAUACUUUACACCAAAGCCACAUUUGACCCCGAGAAACAAAUUUUAGAAGACAAUUGUGUUUGAUGUGGGGAAAAAAACCAGGAUUUGUUCUUUUGAGGCUAGAAGGAUGG